UCCUAUAUCCUUUAUUCUUGCAAUUUACUCUGUUCAUGUCCCUCCAAGGUGACCACGGUCGAAGGAGAAAGGGGGAGUGAUAGUGAGAAUGAAGGUUUUCGUGAAGAAUUUGAAAGGGACCUAUUUUCAAAUUGAAGUUAACCCACAACAAACGAUAGCUGAUGUGAAGAAAAACAUUGAAUAUGUACAAGGAGAAAAUGAGUUUCCUGCAUCACAGCAGAUGCUUAUUUAUCAAGGAAAAGUUCUUACAGAUACAACUACACUGGAAGAAAACAAAGUUGGUGAAAAGAGUUUUAUAGUCGUCACGCUGAUUAAGAGUAAGAGCUCAUCUGGGAGAAGUUCAGCAGCAACGGCAGGAGUAGCUGUGCCUACAAGCAAAGCUCCUGCUACACCUGUGUCUCCUUCUACUGAAGCAUCUGCUACACCUCCAACUAAUGUGCCUGAUGUAGCUUUCCCUGCAUCUGCACCUACAUCGACGCCGGAUCCCAUUGUCUCAUCUUCUGUGCCAGAAUCUGAUGACGGUGGACAGGUAGCUAAAAAUCUUGUUGCUGGAAAGGACAUUGAGCAUACAAUACAGCACAUACUUGAUAUAGGUGGAGGAAUUUGGGACAGAGACACUGUUGUGGAUGCCCUUCGUGUUGCAUCUAAUAACCCAGAGAGAGCUGUUCAGUAUCUAAAAUCUAGUAAGAGUUCCCCUGGGGAGAGUUCAGUGGCAGCAGCAGCAGCUACACCUACAUCUGAGGCUUCUUCAAGCCCUGAGUCUUCUUCUGUUGAGGCAUCUGCUACACCUCCUAUAACUGUGGCAGGUGCAUCUCUCCCUGCAUCUACACCUACUUCCGUUCCAGGUCCCAUUAUUUCAUCUUCUCUGCCAGAAUCUGAUGUUGAUGGCCACGUAGCUUCAAAUCUCGUUGCUAGAAAUAACUAUGAAAAUACAAUCCAGCACAUACUUGAUAUGGGCGGAGGAGUUUGGAACAGAGAGACUGUUAUGCGUGCCCUUCAUGCUGCAUCCAAUAACCCAGAGAUAGCUGUUGCAUACCUUUAUUCUGGUAUUCCUGAGCAAGCUAAAGGGCCCUCUUCUGCUCAAUCCCUUGGACAACCAAAGUUAGUACCAGCCAAUGGACCUAGUGCUGGUCCUCAAAAUAUUUUUGCUCGGGGCCUUCGCAGUGUGGGUUCUGAUGCGGCUCCCGCUGGUUCCUUGGAUUUUCUGCGUAACAGCGAACAGUUCCAAGCUUUGCGAGCCAUGGUUCAAGCUAAUCCGCAGGUUUUGCAGCCCAUGCUUCAAGAGUUUGGCAAACAAAAUCCAAAUUUGAUGAGGCUUAUUCAAGAACAUCAGACUGAAUUCAACCAAUUGUUAAAUGAACCUGUCGAAGAGAACAUACUUGAACAAGUUGCUGCUGCAACGCCUCAGGCCUUACAAGUUACUCCCACUGAGCAUGCUGCCAUAGAACGGCUUGAAGCUAUGGGUUUCGACCGGUCAAGUGUACUAGAGGUGUACUUUGCCUGCAACAAAAAUGAGGAGCUUACAGCUAACUACCUUCUAGAUCAUAUACAUGAGCUUUGAGGAUUUUGUCGUGGGAACUAAUAAUGCUUUCGUUCAUCAAGAAUUUCUGCCGGUUGUUUGCGAUUCCAGUGGCGCCGUUAUUUGGUGACGACUGCAUACAUUGCUUCUGUUCACAUAAUUUGGUCCCCGUUAUUUUUAUUUUUGACUGGUGCCCAAUACUUUUGUUAAAUUGUAACUAAAUUUAUCAAGUUGGGUGAUCUUUGUGUA